GCCGCCUAGCCUCUGUAGCUUGUUGAGCGACGUCUCAGGCGGCUCAACCUCUAUCGCUCUGGGACCGUAAACAGCUAGGUGCUUUUUAGGAGGGACUCGGGGAGACUCAGAAGCCGGGAAAUGGUGUGUGUGGCGUGGCGGGGGGCGACGUCUGCAGGCCAGACUUGUGAAAGGAGAAAAACUCUCCCAAAGGAAAAGCAGAUGGCGCCAGAACUCAAAAACUCAAAAAGCACACUUCAGCACACAGCCCAGUCCAGUGCUGGCCAGGAUUGUGGACAUCCAGAGAGCAGGAUUAGCAGGGGUUUGUGACCUCUGAGGAUGUGACUGUGAACUUGACCCAGGAAGAGUGGGCAUUGCUAACUGGUUCCCAGAACAAGCUCCGCAGAGCUGUGAUGCAGGAAACCUUCAGGAACCUUGCCUCUGUAGGACAAAAAUGGGGAGACCAGAACAUUGAAGAUGAGUACAAAAAUCCCUGGAGAAAUCAAAGAAGUCAAGUGGUAGAGAGACUCACUGAAUAUAAAAAUAGUAGACAGUGUGAAGAAAUGUUUAACCAGACUCCAGAUGGUAUUCUAAACAAGAAAAUACUUCUUGGAGUCAAGCCACAUGAAAGCUGUGUGUGUGAAAUGGUCUUUGGUCAUUCAUCCCUUACGAGGCACAUCUCAUCUGACUCUACAUGCAGAUGCAGAGGACGUAAGUAUGAGGAGCAUAGAGAGAAACCCUAUGAAUGUCAAAAAUGUAGUAAAGCCUUUAGGCAGCCCAGUUACCUUCGAGAUCAUGAAAGGACUCACACUGGAGAGAAACCUUAUGUAUGUAAGCAGUGUGGGAAAGCCUUCAGUCUUCCUGUUUAUUGUCGAAGACAUGCACGAACUCACAAUAGAAAGAAACCUAUGUGUGUGAGCAAUGUGGGCACGCCUUCAGAUGUUCCAGUUUCCUUCAUAUACACAAACGAAUUCACACUGGAGAAAAACCUUACGUGUGUAAGCACUGUGGGAAAGCCUUCACUUGUGCCAGUAGUCUUCGAAUACAUGAAAGAAACCACAGUGGAGAGAAACCUCAUGUAUGUAAGCAAUGUGGGAAAGCCUUCAGAGAGUACAGUAAAAUGCAGAGACAUGAAAAGAUUCACUGGAGGGAAACACUACGUAUGUAAGCAAUGUGGGAAAGCCUACAAGGGCUCCAGUAACCUGGAAAAACAAAAGAUUCACACUGGAGAGAAGCCCUAUUUGUAGAGUGUGGGAAGGCUUCAGGGUAUAGCCACUGUAGCACACAUGAGAAUGCAGAGUGGAGAGGACUCACAUCAGUGUAGGUUGUGGGAACACCUCUCGUCAUCUUGGUUCAGUGCACUGAUGCAGAAGAACAUAAUGUGGAGAGAUGCUGCUUCAAGAGAAUGUAUGGAAGUUUUCAGUUGGCCCACACGUAAGGAAGCAUACUGGAUCAAAGCCCUGUGAAUCUGAGAAACAUAAGUUGUCAGUUGUGACAAAUAGUUUGAAUAUCCCAUGGAAAUUCCUCAUGUUGUAAGUCCUAUGAAUGUUAAGUCACAUGAAGAGCCUGAUAUAAAGUAAUUUGUAUAAAAUGCUCUAGAAAAUAUCCUACCUGAAAUAAACCUUCUAAAAGU